AUGACACAAGAUUGGUUAAAAUCACCACCAUCCUUGCAAAAGCUAGGUUCAUCAAAACACUGGUUUGGUGAUGGAAUUUUUGAAACAUGUCCCAACAUCUUUUCCCAAAUAUAUACAAUUCAUGCCAAAAUCCACAGUGAAAUACAUCCUCUUGUUUUUGUAUUGCUACCAGGGAAGUCGGAAGAAAUUUAUGUUAAAAUGUUAUAUGCUCUUGUUGAAGGGAUGGAAGUUCAUGGAAUUGAAAAUGACAUAACUGAGCAAUGCCUGGAAAAAUCACAGAUUACAUGGAAAAAUGUCUGCGCAAAUUAGCUAACAGAAAGAAGAAACGUCUAAAUGAAAUUGGAACUGAAUGAUAAUUGACCGGGAUUUAUGAACCUCGAUGGUACUAAAAAAAAAAAGAAAAAAAUCCUACAAACGCGUCAAGCGGAAUAUUCCCGCUUCCUUAUUAUCUGAUUGAAAGCAUACGUUUCCUACAGAAAUAUUGAGAACAUUCGGUUUUGAGCAUUUGAACGGAAUGGUGGAAGGAAUAUGGGAUUGCAUGAUUUAUUUCCUUUUCAAUAGCGUGUAAAGAGAACGUGAACUGGCAAAUCGAAACCGGCUCACUGUAAUUUUCACAUCUACAUCAGUAUUACUCAAACAGGGCUCUCAUAACAGACAAGGCUUGUGAACGCUGAUAUUUCAAUUUAAAUACUAACACAUCAACCUCCAUAAAUCUUCUCACUUAUCAGAUACCUAUUAACUUUUCUUCCUAUUAAACAAUAAAAACAGAAACGACAGUCUUC